AUGGCUUCCGACGACGAACAGCACACCACCACCGCCUACGAACAAGGUCUCGACGACGAAGACCAAUCCGACGACGAAAUCGAAGAACAACACACCACACCGAUCGCCGCCACUCCUACUACCGCAACCACCACAAUUGCCUCAAUCGUACGGUCAGAUGCCAUCGUUGAACCGAAAAAACUGUUAGAUGACUUCAGACGGUUAUUUCAACGGUUAUGGACCGAUGAGGAUGAAAUUGAGUUGUUACAGGGGUUUGUGGAGUAUACGACGCAGCGAGGGGCAAAUUCGUCACAUCAUCAUGAUACGACGGUGUUUUAUGACCAGAUUAGAGGUAAAUUGCAGUUAGUGUUUAAUAAGAAUCAGUUAGUUGAGAAGCUAAGGAGGUUGAAGAAGAAGAAAUAUAGGAAUGUUUUAGCUAAAACUAGUGGUGGUAAAGAGUAUGUGUUUAUAAGUCCUCAUGAUCAAGCUACUUUUGGUCUAUGUUGUAAGAUUUGGAAUGAACAAGUAGUCGUUUUAGCCGUUUCGGUCCCGGCUAUGGCUGAUGGUGGUGGAUUUGAUGAUGAAGAGCCUCAAAAACCGUUUCAGCCGUUGCAGCAACAGUAUGAGCAGGGAAUCGGAGCCGGAGCGGGGGCUGGGGCGUCGAAUUCGAAUGCGGCAGUUUCGAAUUUGGUUGAAGAGACUAUGAAGAGUUGUUUGUUGCCGUUGUUUAAGGAGUUGUUUCGAAUUUGUGUUGAAAUGCAACUGAUUUGGGGUUUUUAUCAAGUAUAA